UGAGCUGCGGUCGCCCCUCAGCACCGCCCCCCUCCUCCCGGCCCAAGGUGCACGGCUGGGGUCUCCCCAAGUGCGGGUCUGGCACCUCCCAAGCCAAGCCCUCCCAGCUGGGCUCUCAGUCUUCCUCGCUCUCGGGCUCCCUUCAAACUCAGGACGAAGGCCGGAAGACGGUAAUCGUCCCAGACCCGGGCAUUUUUUUCGUGCCCAGGCUGUGUCGGGGUUGUAGCCGCUAGGAGCCUCCUUUUGCUGCCACCUCCAGCUAGCGAGAGACCAGCGCGUCCCCUGUGUCUUGCUCUGUACUUCCUCCUCUUCUCCCAGUCAAGAACAAGUUUCUUUUCCCUCUCCAUUGGAAAUCCUACACAAACACCCAUCUGUAUCGUUGCCUAGCUCCUGAAGCACCCUUAGAAAGAUUAUCUACUUAAUCAGGAAUGAGAAUCUCUCAUUCUUGACUUCCUGUCCCCUCGAGAGACAAAGAUUGCUUCCCUUAACACCCUCUUAAGUAACUCGUACUCCAUGCCCAGAGCCUUAUCCAUUUGGAUCACCAGCUCCCUGGCCAUCUCUAUGUGACUUCCCCUACCCAUCUGAGUCACAGUUUCCUCUGGUCUCCAGUCUUCAGCCCCCCAGCGGAUCUGGUCUGUCCCACCCCUGGGUGGGAGUGACCAGGGGGCUCUAGCCCAGGAUUCCCAACCCUGGAAGGCAGCUCCAAGGCAGCAAGAGAAUUGGGCGUCGGGUACGAACCUGGCAGCUCAGGAGUGGGUGCUCCACUCACCCCCCACAAGAAAAUGAAAAAGCGCAAAGAGCUCAAUGCAUUGAUCGGCCUGGCUGGGGACAGCAGGAGAAAGAAGCCCAAGAAAGGCUCAGGCCACCGCCUGCUUCGCACUGAGCCUCCUGACUCAGACUCUGAGUCCAGCUCCGAGGAGGAAGAGGAAUUCGGUGUAGCUGGAAAUCGCUCUCGCUUUGUAAAGGGAGACUAUUUACGAUGCUGCAAGAUCUGUUAUCCCCUCUGUGCUUUCAUCAUCCUUGCCGCCUGUGUCGUGGCCUGUGUUGGUUUGGUGUGGAUGCAAGUUGCCCUGAAGGAGGAUCUGGAUGCUCUCAAGGAAAAAUUUAGGACAAUGGAAUCUAAUCAGAAAAGCUCAUUCCAAGAAAUUCCCAAGCUUAAUGAAGAACUUCUCAGCAAACAAAAACAACUUGAAAAUAUUGAAUCUGGAGAACUGGGAUUGAACAAAGUCUGGAUAAACAUCACUGAAAUGAAUAAGCAGAUUACUCAGUUGACUUCUGCAGUAAACCACCUUAAAGCCAAUGUUAAGUCAGCUGCAGACCUAAUUAGCCUGCCUGCCACUGUAGAGGGACUUCAGAAGAGUGUAGCUUCCAUCGGCAGUACUUUAAACAGUGUCCAUCUUGCUGUGGAGGCAAUACAGAAAACCGUGGAUGAGCACAAGAAAACCAUGGAAUUACUGCAAAGUGAUAUGAAUCGGCACUUCUCAGUGGAGACCAAUGGAAGCAACCAGAUCAUUCCAUCACCUUCAGCUACAUCAGAACUUGACAAUAAAACCCACAGUGAAAAUAUGAAACAGGGUAUCCUGUACCUUCACAACUCUUUAGAGGAGGUAAACAGUGCCCUGGUGGGGUACCAGAGACAGAAUGAUCUUAAACUCGAGGGGAUGAAUAAGACAGUCAGUAAUCUUACCCACAGAGUCAACUUGAUAGAAAGAGAUCUGGUUGCUAUGAGCAAGGUAGAAAAGCAAGCGAACCUGUCCUUCAGCAUGAUGGGUGGUAGAGCUGCCUCUCUAAAAAGAGAGUCUUUGCAUCAAGUGACCAUCAGACCAGAUACAGUAAAAACUGAAAGCACAAAGAAAGAAGAUAGUUCAGAUUCUCAGGUAUCCAAGCUAAGAGAGAAACUGCAGCUGAUCAGUGCUCUCACAAACAAACCUGAGAGCAACAGGCCUCCAGAAACCUCUAACAAAGAUCAAGUACAAAGUUUCACAUCAAAGCCAUCAGCAUUGCCAAAAUUUCCACUGUCUCUUGGAGACCAAAUUGAGAAAGCUGCUCAGCUAAGACCUGUUUCCCUUCCAGGAAUUUCUAGCAUCAAAGAUCUUCAGGAUUUAUUCCAUAAGACUGGCCAGGAAGUGGAUGGGAAACUGACCUACCAGGAAAUCUGGAACUCCUUAGGUUCUUCAGUGCCAGAACCAGAGAACUUAAAAGCAUUCGAUUCUGAUGGAGAUGGAAGAUACUCAUUCCUGGAGCUAAGAGUAGCAUUAGGUGUCUAGCCUCACCAGUCAUGUUCUAGAAAUGGAUCUAUAUACCCUGGACUACCUAAUACCUACUCACCUAACAAAACAACCCUUUUACUUAUACAUCAGUCCUCCUGUCCUCCAAACUACAAUAGCAGACUCAUUGCCACCUUUUAACUUGUUUGAAAAAGCUAUAUAAAAGUUAUUUUUUUAAAAAAAAGACCCUUUUACUUAUAUGAUAUUAAGAAAUCUAUGAUUUCCUGAAACUAAUAAGAUCUUAAUUUUAAAAUU